AAAGAAGUACAUAGAUCACCUUCCACAGUAAAAUGUCUCGAAUGCUGAUGUCUUCUGGUUGCAACUGAGAGUACCAGCUGCAGAAUUAAAAAAUUCAGAGUGGGAGUUCAGCUGUAUCCUUUGAUCAAUCAAUCGUGUUGUUAGAAAAUUUACAAAUGCAUAUUGUGUGUGUGUAUGCUAGCACAACAACAACGGCACAAAUAAUGGCCACAAUUGAGAAAACAGACAUUCUACCAUGUUUCCACUACAUUUACAAAAUCUAUACUUAACAUUGAAAACCGCUGAAAAUGAUUUGUACACAAUCGAAACAUUACGCUUACAACGUUGGGCUGGAACGAGUGCUUUGGCAAAUCCAAGGAAACUAAAUUGAAAGUUCAUUUUAUAUUUAUUUCAUAUUUACAAUCAUUUACAAUCAGUUUAUUAAAAGUAUUUGAAUCGAUCGCUAAUUGGUCCAUAUUUGAAAACGUUUACGAUGCAUUUUUCAAAACUAUUUUCGUUACGAGUGUAUUACUUGACAUUGACUAUUGGAAUAUUGGUGCUUUACACACUAUCAGUGACCCUCUAUAAGACGUAUAAGUAUAAACAGAUGAUAUUGAAAAGAAAAGCUUGCUAUCAGUUUCCUAACAAAGACGAUGCAAAUGUGGACAUUUUGGAUGACAUAUUGAAUGCAAAAGUGAAACCAGUCGAAGGAAGAUCCAUAUUCUUUCUGAUGACAUCGUGUUCUAAGAAAGGCGUAAUUCAUUUGACCAAAAGUCAAGCUUGUGCCAUUGAAUCGGCUGCAUUCCAUAAUCCGAAUCGAAAUGUCUUCGUCCUGUUUGCAUCGCCAGUCAAUACGCCGACAUACUCACAAUCCAAACAUCUUGCUGUUCUGCGAUCAAAUUUUACAAAUAUUUACUUUUUGAAUAUGAACCUUGAAACACUGGUCGUAGGAACCGCAGUGGAAGACUUUUACCAAAGCGAUAAGCUCUUUACAUCCAAAUUUUUAGUUGAGCACAUGUCCGAUUUCGUAAGAUUGUUAGUGUUGAGUAAAUAUGGUGGCAUUUAUCUAGACACGGACUGUAUUGUGCAAAAGAACUUGGAUGAAUUGCCUGCAAACUUCUUGGCCAAAGAGGCUCAUCAUGGAUAUACAAUAAAUAGUGUGAAUGGAGCAGUUCUCGGCUUUCAAGACUCGGUGGGGCAUGAGAUACUGCAAUUUUGUUUUGAAGAUAUGAUGGAAAAUUUCAACCCAACUGUAUGGAAUCAAAAUGGACCUGCCCUGCUGACGCGCGUAUUAGAAAGUAAAGUUUGCCACACAAGCUUAGCGGAAAUGACGCCGGAAAAAUGCCGUGGAUUUGAAGUGUUUCCGCCAGAGGAAUUUUAUGCCGUCAAUUGGGAUAAUUGGCAAUAUUUUAUUAAUCCGCAAUUCACUAACACUGUCCUUCAGAAAACCGCCAGGUCAUCGGUUAUACAUUUGUGGAACCACACUUGGCGUAAUAAAGCUAUCAAAAAAUCCGUGUCAGAAAAAACGGCGUAUGAAGCCCUCGCUGAGAAGAAUUGUCCAAAAGUUUACGAAGUAUCUGGAGACCAUCUUUAAUGUAUUUUUGUGUGAUUUUUUCUCUUUUGAAGAAUUGUUUUCAUUAUCGUGGAUUAUCAAAAUGACAAAAAUAAAAAAAUUCAGAGUUUAGAAUGCGUUUUUUCGUAUUUUUGUCUAUAUCAAUCCAUUGGUAGACAUAUUGAUAAUUACAAUGUCUAAGAAAUUUAUCUUCUACCAAACACAAUGGCAUAAUCACACCGAUAGCAACGGUAUACCAAAAAUGAUCAAACAUCAUAACAUGGUAACACAGAUUUUCCAAAAAAGAAUGAAAAAUAAUUGAAGCUUUAUUACGAGUGCAUCAUUUGUUCA